AUGGGGGCGACAACUUCCAAAGCACACGAUAGCGAGGGCCCCAGCAGGAAACGAACAACCAUCGAAAGCCUACCGGACGAGGUGCUGAUAAAGGUGCUGGCAGCCGUCAAUUCCACCGCCUCGUCGCCGCUCGACGUCGUCCUUCCAUCCAUGAUCAAUCGGCGGUGGCGGCGGGCCAGCAGGGACCGCGAGGCGCUGAAGCGCGCGUGCAGAGGGGGUGUGGCGGUGCGCGCGCGGCAGUGGUGCGAGGGCGCGUACAUGUUUCUCAGACGGCUCUGCGAAAACGGCUGCCUCGAAGCCGCCUUCAUGCUCGCCAUGAUUCUCUUUUACUGCAUACCCGGCGCGCAAUUCGAGGGCGGGCGCCUGCUCAUGCACUCGGCGCGCGAGGGCCACGCCGCGUCGCUCUACACGGCUAGCGUUCUCAGCUUCAACGGCAGCGCGCUCGGCGCGCAACACAAGGACGCGCGGAUGGGGGUCGCGCUGUGCGCGCGAGCGGCGGCGCUGGGGCACACGGAGGCGAUGCGUGAGCUGGGGCACUGUUUAAUUGACGGGUACGGCGUGCAACGAGACGCGCAAGAAGGAUGGCGGAUGCUGCUCGAGGCGCAAGCGGCGGAGCUCGCGCCGCAGGCGUAUCUGCGCUCGCUGCUCUCCGCCAUGUCCCCCUCCCCCACGACGGACUACGCACAUAGCCCAUACCCCAGCGCCUGCGACAGCUCUUUUGCUUCCGCCGCCGCGUACCGCGCGUGCAACUCUAGCCCGUACGGCAACACGAUGCCGCUGACGCCCGCGGAGCAGGAGGCCGCCGUGCAACUGCUGCUCGCGCGCGACUGGCGGGCCGCCCCCGCCAGCCCCAUCCGCGCGGACUCCUCCGCCUGCUCCUCGUCCUCCGCGUCCGGCGCCGUGGCUUGCGGCGACGACGACAUGGCAGGCGACGAGGCGGCGGAAUCGAGCGACGGCGGCGCGUUCCUCUCCGCCGCGGGUCUGUCGCCGCGCUCCCCGUCAAGCGUGCUCGCGAUGCACGCGCACUCCCCGCGAUCCCCCGCGACUAAGCCCACCACCGCUAACAAGCAAGCCGUGGUGGAGAAGCUUCUAGCGGGGCUCGCUUCCGGGUCGUUCCGCCUGACCGACGCGCACCUGGCUGCGCUCGAGCCCGCGCUCGCCGCCCUCCAGACGUCCCUCCGCCCCGCGCCCGUCCACCCCGCGCACGUGUUCGUGCGCGAGUGGCGCGCGCUCAAAGGCCUGUCCGCCGACUCGGCGGAGGAAAGCCUCUCGCCCGCUUCAGUUGCAGACGCGGCGGAGCAAGCGCAGGGAGGCGACGCGCGCCCGGGGGUGUGCAGCCGCGCGUCGUGCGGGCGCCCGGAGACGCGCGCGUUUGAGUUUUGGCGGUGCUCCACAUGCUGGCGCGUGCGGUACUGCAGCCGUUCUUGCCAGGUGCACGACUGGAGGGAGACGCACGCGCGCACUUGCGCUGCCGGCGCUGGCGCUCAUGCCCAUGCGCAUGCGCAUGGCCCCGCGCGCGGAGGAGAUGUGUCUGCUCAUAACGCUGUAGCCUCUGCUCACAGGUCGCUGCAUGGCAUGGGCGUGGUUUGA